GAGGUAGCAUCACCUGAGAUGAUACUCCCCCACACCGAAUGGGGUGAUUUUCAUAGAGCUAAGCUAGAGACCAGGUACGUACCAGUGAGUGAUCGUGACUCGACUGAGGAUGCAGUAUAAUUAUAAGUCACUCUGAAAGUUAGAUCUCAAUCCUGAGAUGUCAUUAUUAAUGGAAGCUUGCGAGACGGGUGAUGUGGGUGUGGUUCAGUUGGCACUAGAAGGAGGGGCGGAUCCAAACCAGGCCUACGAGUCGGGCCAGUCCCCUCUCUGGGUAGCUAGUUACGAUGGCCACCUGAAGUGUGUGGAGCUUCUAAUUAAUGCUGGAGCCAAUGUUGAUGAUAUACAACAAGAGGACAACGUGACAGCUCUCCUCGCAGCCAGUGGCAAUGGACAUGAUGAGGUGGUGAGGGUCCUCUUAGCAGCCAAGGCUACAGUCAACACUCAUAACAAGUCGGGUCAGUCCCCUCUCUGGGCAGCCAGUUGCAAUGGUCACCUGAAGUGUGUGGAGCUUCUAAUUAAUGCUGGAGCCAAUGUUGAUAUACAAGAAGAGAACAACGUGACAGCUCUCCUCAUAGCCAGUUACAAUGGACACGAUGAGGUGGUGAGGGUCCUCUUAGCAGCCAAGGCUACAGUCAACACUCAAGACAAGUCUGGUCAGUCCCCUCUCUGGGCAGCCAGUUUCGAUGGUCACCUGAAGUGUGUGGAGCUUCUAAUUAAUGCUGGAGCCAAUGUUGAUAUACAAGAUGAGGACAACGCGACAGCUCUCCACGUAGCCUGUCAGAAUGGACAUGAUGAGGUGGUGAGGGUCCUCUUAGCAGCCAAGGCUACAGUCAACACUCAAAAAAAGUCGGGCCAGUCCCCUCUCUGGGCAGCCAGUUGCAAUGGUCACCUAAAAUGUGUGGAGCUUCUAAUUAAUGCUGGAGCCAAUGUUGAUAUACAAGAAGAGAACAACGUGACAGCUCUCCACGCAGCCAGUUACAAUGGACACGAUGAGGUGGUGAGGGUCCUCUUAGCAGCCAAGGCUACAGUCAACACUCAAAGCAAGUCUGGUCAGUCCCCUCUCUGGACAGCCAGUUUCUAUGGUUACCUGAAGUGUGUGGAACUUCUAAUCGAUGCUGGAGCCAAUGUUGAUAUGCAAGAAGAGGAUGGAACCACUGCCCUAUAUGUAGCUGCUCAGAAUGGUCACUUGAGGGUAGUUGAAGUGUUGAUUGCAGCUAUGGCUCAGGUUGACAUUCAACAGAAGGACAACGUGACAGCUCUCCACGCAGCCAGUAGCAAUGGACAUGAUGAGGUGGUGAGGGUCCUCUUAGCAGCCAAGGCUACAGUCAAUACUCAAGACAAGUCGGGAGAGUCCCCUCUCUGGUCAGCCAGUCGCCAUGGUCACCUAAAAUGUGUGGAACUUCUAAUCAAUGCUGGAGCCAAUGUUGAUAUACAAGAUGAGGACAACGUGACAGCUCUCCACGCAGCCAGUAGAAAUGGACAUGAUGAGGUGGUGAGGGUUCUCUUAGCAGCCAAGGCUACAGUCAACACUCAAGACAAGUCGGGUCAGUCCCCUCUCUGGGCAGCCAGUAGCGAUGGUCACCUGAAGUGUGUGGAGCUUCUAAUUAAUGCUGGAGCCAAUGUUGACAUGCAAGAGGAGGACAACUGGACAGCUCUCCACGCAGCCAGUUACAGUGGACAUGAUGAGGUGGUGAGGGUUCUCUUAGCAGCCAAGGCUACAGUCAACACUCAAAUCAAGUCGGGUCGGUCCCCUCUCUGGGCAGCCAGUUGCAAUGGUCACCUGAAGUGUGUAGAGCUUCUAAUCAAUGCUGGAGCCAAUGUUGAUAUACAAGAUGAGGACAACUGGACAGCUCUCCACGUAGCCAGUUACAAGGGACACGAUGAGGUGGUGAGGGUCCUCUUAGCAGCCAAGGCUACAGUCAACACUCAAACCAAAUUGGGUCAGUCCCCUCUCUUGGCAGCCAGUUGCGAUGGUCACCUAAAGUGUGUGGAACUUCUAAUCGAUGCUGGAGCCAAUGUUGAUAUGCAAGAAGAGUCGGGAGUGUCCCCUCUCUGGAUAGCCAGUUUCGAAGGUCACCUGAAGUGUGUGGAACUUCUAAUCGAUGCUGGAGCCAAUGUUGAUAUGCAAGAAGAAGAGGAUGGAACCACUGCCCUAUAUGUAGCUGCUCAGAAUGGUCACUUGAGGGUAGUUGAAGUGUUGAUUGCAGCUAUGGCUCAGGUGGACAUGCAAGAGAAGGAUGGAACCACUGCCCUAUAUGUAGCUGCUCAGAAUGGUCACUUGAGGGUAGUUGAAGUGUUGAUUGCAGCUAUGGCUCAGGUUGACAUUCAACAGAAGGAUGGGGCCACAGCAUUACACGUAGCCUGUAAGAAUGGUCACUGUGAAGUGGUAGAGUGCUUAGUGGAGAGAGCCCACUGUGACACCAUUGUAAAGAGGAAUAAUGGCUGGACUCCCCUCCACACUGCUUGCUACAAUGGACACAAAGAUGUGGUACAGUACAUGGUGGAGGGAGCCCACUGUGACAUCAGUGUAACUGAUGCUGGAGGCAGGACUCCACUUGACUAUGCAAUACAGGAGGGUCACACUGAAACCAUCGAAUAUCUUCAGUCUCUUGGGGCACCAUCUGCUGCUCCCAGUCAGAGCACUGACCCUCCAGUCGGCCAGCAGCCUCAAGGGUUGUUGAACAAGCUACAAUCACCCGCUAUUCAACAGUCAGAGCGCAUAUCCCGAACAGUAAACGUGAUUAAUACUCUACACAAGCUUAUGGGCAUCACUCGUAAAAAAGCUAAACAAUUGUUUUCUCGGAGAAGCAAAGAAAAAAAGGAGUACCUCAAAAACAAGAGUGAUCAAAUCCUGGCCAAACGCGAAGGGCUGCCUCUAGGGAGUUAUCAAGAUGUUAUAUUGUCUCCUCAUCUACCAACUGGAGGCAUGAGUCAACCGCAAGAAUCCAAACACAGUUUUGAUCUCCCUGGUGUUGAAGCUGUAGCCCACACUCACGUGAUUGUCACCAACUCGUCCCAAACCUUCGUCUGGGAUGGCCAUGGGUUCAAACUCCACAUACCCCAGGACUCCUUGCCAGCUGGUGUUGACCAGUGUCAACUGGACAUCAUGGCCAGUGUAGCUGGAGAGUACCAGUUUCCCGACAAUCUCCAGUUGGUCAGCGGUGUCUUCUGGUUGCGUCCUCAUCUCCCGGGUUCAUUCCAGCGGCUGCUGACAGUCGAAAUACAUCACUGUGCCAAGAUGACUGGCUCCACCAAGCUCUCAUUUGUAAGAGCACUUUGCUCCCAGGAGAGUCUGCCGUACACAUUCAAGCAGCUCAAAAGACGUGGCUCGUUCGCUGAUCAGACAUCGUACGGUUCACUAGAAGUGUCUCACUUCAGUGGACUGGCGGUGACUGGAGAGGAUGUGGACAGAGAGUACACUGCCAGCCUCUACUACCUUGGGUCAGAGCUGCAUAGCAGGGAAAUACAUUUUGUUGUCAGCUGGAAUGAUGAGAUUCAUAGAACACGUGUGAGUGAGGAGUACUCAUCUAAAGAAGCCAUUCUCGGAGUGAACCAUAUCGUUGAGUUCGAGGAGGACAGUAUAACACUGGAUAUUCCUAUGGCUGGCGCUGAAGUCAGUGGAGGGUGGAGAAUAACGCCAAUGUUCCAUCCUACGGUCACCAAGAAGCAUGUUGAUCAGUUUAAACCUGGACGGAGAAUUCCGCACUGCCACUUGAAGGCUAAAGUGACAAGCAACCACGAGGUGUCUGCUCCAGAGCUACUCCACCAAGUCAAGCUAGUGGGUGCAAAGUUUCCCUACAACAUCGUCACUAUUAAUCUGGACCAACAAACUCUUCCAGGAUCAUCUGCUCAACCAGUGAGUACAGCUCUUCAACGGUUGCUGGGCAAAUGUCAACUCACUACUUCACAAAUCAACGGGGAAAUCCAACAAAAAGACAUAUCGCGUUUGGCUUCCUGCUUCGAUAAUGUGGAGCUCUAUGUCGAUGCGUUGGAAUUAACCCCUGGCGAACAAACUGACGUUCGGUUGAAGAAAAUUGACAGUAACCACCUAGCUAUGAUCGAGUGUUUGAAAAUCUGGAAAAGAAGGAAGCCCUUACAAGCGACAUUCAGGGCCCUUCUGGAGAUGUUAGUAGAGAUGAAGAAAGAGGCGAUUGCUGCUCAAGUUCUGUCAGUACUCGAAGGUUGCUGUCAGAGGAGGUCCGACAACCGUGCGCCUAACAUUAAUGUUUGCUGAAUCAGCAGUUUUGCCUUUAGAGGAGCUGUGAGGAGGUGCACAUAAUACAGCACUCCAUAGACUGUAGAGAUGCCGGAACAGAACCCUUAGAUCAGCUAUAUAUCACUAUUGUGUGAUUGCAUGUGUAUGUUGUGUUUUGUGUAAAUUGUCGAAAUGUUUCGAUAUCUCAUAAUUAUUAAUAGCUAAA